CAGGUACUCCGAGCCCCCGUCAAAAAAGCAAACAUGCGAACACUCGAUCGCCACGUUAGCUUCCACUUGAUCGUCACGCUAGCCUACACUCGACGAACACUUAGCAUGAGACAUGAGACAUGAGACAUUCAAACUGAAUGCUCUAGUGCCGGACUAAGGGCGACGACGAGGUUACAUUAGAGACGACGCUCUCUCGUUGCACAGACAUGUACAACGCUGGGCGCAAAAUCCAAGACUUUUCCAAGGUCAUGAUUACGUCCAAAACUCAUCCUGUUCAGGGUUAUCCUACAUUAUCCGCGCAUAGGCCAAUAUAUUGCAUCAUGUCUCCGGUUCAAAAAAGAACGGGAACCUAAUUUGGCGGCGCCGCUGCUCAGCGCCGCAUCCCUCGUCCCUACCUCUUCGAACCUUAAAUCUUCGACACACCUCACGACGACGAAUUUGACUUGUUUAGCGUGUCCACCUUGUAUCAUACCUGUCACGGCUUGAACCAGCGACGAUGGCUCGGAAUUUUGGCACCCUCGAUGACGGCUUAAGUCGAGCAACCCCCAAUGCGAGUGGCCGGCGGGAAGAACACACCGAACGUACUUCUCUCUUCCACCAUCCAAAAACUGAAGCAGACAUCCCGCCUGCCGACACCGGCAAGCAAGCAUGGCUAUUCCUGAGCGCAUGUUGGGUUUUCGAAGCCAUGAUAUACGGCUUCGCAUUCAGCUUCGGUAUCUUCCAGGACCACUAUAGCCGUCAUGAGCCCUUCGCAGGUCAAGGAAGCAUUGCCGUGAUUGGAACCACUACCCAGGGUAUCCUGUACUUUGCUACACCUUUCGUCACGCCGCUCCUUCGCCAUUUCCCUCGCUUGUCCCGCUGGUUCUCCCUCUUUGGAAUCAUCCUCGCGACUCUGUCCCUGGGCCUUGCCUCUCUAUGCAACACCGUCAACCAGCUCAUCGGCGUCCAAGGCGUCCUCUUCGGCGUCGGCGGCUGUCUCGCGUACUCGCCCUGCAUCGUAUACAUCGACGAAUGGUUCGACAAACGCAAAGGGCUGGCGUACGGCAUCGCAUGGAGCGCCGCAGGCGUCGGAGGUGUAGUGAUCCCCCUCGUGCUCGAAGUCAUGCUCGACAAACUCGGCUUUCGGACGACAUUACGGAUCUGGGCCGGUGUCACCUUCGCGCUCACUGCUCCAUUCGCAUUCUUCGUUCGACCCAGGAUACCGCAGUCGAUGGCGUCGAAGGUGCAGCCGCUCAAUCUCCGAUACAUUUUCUCGAGCACGUUUGUGUGUUAUUGGCUUAUCAAUGUGCUACACGCCACGGGAUACUUCCUCCCAAGCAUCUACCUCCCGUCGUAUGCGAGCGAACAGUUCGGGGCGCCGAACUUCUUGUCUGCGUUGACGCUUAUGGUGCUCAACAUCUGUGCCACUCUCGGAUGUGUGAUUAUGGGCUUCAUGUCUGACAAGCUCUCCACAACUAUGUGCGUUUUCAUCUCUGCGGUCGGUACUAGUGUCUCGGUGCUCCUCAUCUGGGGUCUGACGACAAAGCUACCUCAGCUAUACGUCUUCGCGAUACUGUAUGGCCUCUUCGCUGGUGGUUAUACAAGCAUCUACUCUGGCAUCAUGCAGACAGUCACGCAAAAGGGCGAGGCUGCGGGCUAUGGCCCCGGAGACCCAAUCUCAUUGAUGGGAUGCCUAUUGCUAGGUCGCGGAAUAGGAAAUCUUAUAUCUGGACCUUUGAGCGAAGCGUUGGUGAAGGGUGCGCCGUGGCGUGGACAUGCCAUAGGUGGAUAUGGAAGUGGGUAUGGCCCGUUGAUUGUAUUCUCUGGCCUUACUGCAAUCGCCGGAAUUAUAGUCUAUCCGUUGAAAAUGCUAAGGUAUAUAUGAUGGAGUCACAAGCCAUGAACAAAGGCCGCG